AUGUGGCAUUUCGAAGUCUAUUGGCUCUGCAAGGUGAACAAUCACCCCAUCGAGUACAAGUACACGAAUCCAGGCAAAGGGGAGACUCGCACAGAGACAUUUCUUCAACUGAGUCCUAUCGGCAAGAUUCCUGUACUAAAGGAUGGGGAUUUCGUCCUUACCGAGAGCCAUGCGAUCAUGCUCUAUCUUGCUGACAAGCACGGGUGGGAGUCAUGGUGUCCCAAAGAUAUUAAGAUCCGUGCUCGUAUCCAAGAGUAUACGAAUUGGCACCACCUUAACGCGCGCCGGAGCUCAGAGAUCUUCUUCAACCAGCUGAUGGUGAACAUCGGCCGCGGUACGCCUGCUAUGGAAACCAUGCUUCAGAAGAAGCACAAGAUCAUCUCGGACAUGUUCCGUAUCUUGGAAUUCUGGCUGCGUCACGGAAACCUCUAUUUGGUGAGCAGCACCAAGCCGACAGUCGUGGAUCUGUCAUGUUACAACGAAGUGGUGCAGCUCGAGGUUAUGGGACUUCUCACCGACGUGGAGAAGGACUUUCCCAAAGUCGCAGCGUGGCUCAAGCGCAUGAAGGACAUUCCGUACCAUGACGAGAUGCUGGCACCCAUGGGCAAGUUCUUCCAUAAGUUCAAGCUGACUGCCAACCUGUAGUUCUGCUCUUGGUGAAUGGGCAUUAAAUUUCAGCCAAUUAAGUUGCUUUAAAAUUUA